AUGGAGGAGGUUCGGUUAUCGCCGCUGAGACAAACGAGCGUUAAGUCUACACUUUCAGGGAGGUCUACUCCAAGGGGCUCACCUAGAGUGCAUUCUGGUAGGACACCGCGUAGAGAGGGCAGAGGAGGAGGAGCGGUUCAGUGGUUUCGUAGUAGCAGACUGGUUUACUGGCUGCUUCUGAUUACUCUUUGGACGUAUCUUGGGUUUUAUGUUCAGUCCAGGUGGGCUCAUGAUAACGAAAACAAAGUUGAGUUUCUACGGUUUGGAGGCAAACUGAGAAAAGAUGUUUUACAUGUGGAGAAGCAUGUGGAGAAGAGCAAUGGAACGGGUGGUGUUGUUGCUAAUGAGACUUCUGAUGCUUUGGUAAGUAUCACCGGUAAAGAUGAUGCUGCGGCGAGUAAGAGGACGGAUGUUAGUCUGAGCAAGAAAGAUGACGGUGCUUCUCGACGGAGCUUGAGUUCCAGGCAGAAGAAAAAGAAGCCUGGCCGGGCUUCACGUAGUAAGAUGAGUAAAGAGGUUGAGACUAAGGCCUUGGAUGAUGAGCAAGAUCCAGAGCUUCCUAUGACGAAUGCUACUUAUGGUAAGCUUCUUGGUCCUUUUGGAUCGUUGGAGGAUAGAGUUCUUGAAUGGAGUCCGCAUAGACGGUCUGGGACUUGCGACAGGAAGUCAGAUUUUAAACGCCUUGUUUGGUCGAGGAGGUUCGUCUUGGUUUUCCACGAGCUCUCAAUGACUGGUGCUCCGAUUUCGAUGAUGGAGCUGGCUUCAGAGCUUUUGAGCUGCGGCGCAACGGUCAAUGCAGUAGUUCUCAGCAGGAGAGGUGGGUUGAUGCAAGAGCUCAACAGGAGAAGGAUCAAAGUUGUUGAAGACAAAGGAGAAGUUAGCUUCAAGACUGCCAUGAAAGCAGAUUUGGUCAUCGCAGGAUCAGCUGUGUGUACCUCAUGGAUAGAUCAAUACAUGAAUCAUCAUCCAGCUGGUGGAAGUCAGAUAGCUUGGUGGAUAAUGGAGAAUCGAAGAGAAUACUUUGAUAGAGCGAAACCAGUGCUUGACCGAGUGAAAAUGCUUAUCUUUCUAUCUGAAUCACAGAGCAAACAGUGGUUAACAUGGUGCGAGGAGGAGAGUAUAAAGCUAAGAUCACAACCAGUGAUUGUUCCACUCUCUGUUAACGACGAGUUAGCUUUCGUAGCUGGGAUUCCUUCCUCGCUCAACACACCAACACUCACUCCAGAGAAAAUGAAGGAGAAGAGACAAACGCUACGCGAAUCAGUCAGAGCAGAGUUAGGUUUAACAGACGCAGAUAUGCUUGUCAUGUCUCUCAGCAGCAUAAACCCACCAAAGGGACAACUUCAUCUCCUUGAAUCUGUUGCCUUGGCACUCGCUGAGAGAGAACAAGAAGGUCAGAGGAGUCUCAAAGGCGUCACUAAGAAAGAAAAAGUCAGUCUCUUAAGCAAACAUCGUCUAAGAGGCUCUGCUCGGCAGAUGCAAAGUGUUUCUCACACACUUGACAAUGGCGUAAUUAAGGAGAAGCAAGAGCUCAAAGUUCUUUUGGGAUCAGUUGGUUCAAAGAGCAACAAAGUUGGAUACGUCAAAGAGAUGCUAAGCUUCUUAUCAAGCAAUAGAAACUUAUCCAAGUCGGUUAUUUGGACUCCAGCAACAACUCGUGUUGCUUCGUUAUACUCUGCAGCUGAUGUCUACGUUACAAACUCUCAGGGCGUUGGAGAAACAUUUGGGAGAGUAACAAUAGAAGCAAUGGCGUAUGGACUUGCAGUGGUGGGAACAGAUGCAGGAGGAACGAAAGAGAUGGUGCGACACAACGUGACCGGUCUGCUUCACUCAAUGGGAAGAUCAGGGAACAAAGAGCUGGCUCGUAAUCUCUUGUUUCUACUUAGAAAUCCAGACAAAAGGCUACAGUUUGGUGUCCAAGGACGUAAAAAAGUUGAGGAAAUGUACAUGAAGCAACAUAUGUACAAGCGAUUCGUUGACGUUCUUGUCAAAUGUAUGAGACCAUAA